GUGACGCAGGUGGCGCCUGGCGAGGGAGCGGCGCGCAAGAGAAGCCGGCGUCGCUGCAGAAGCAACUUGGCGGAACAACUCCUGCCGGGGCCAAGUUUUGCAACGAGGGCAACUUGGGGGGUUUUGCAAGCAGGAGGGCCACCAGUUUGGAUCUCGCCUGCCUUUUGCAGAAGUCCUUGGGAGCCUCCCAAUGCGGGAGCAAAAAACGAGAUCCCUGGCUGGGACACUUCUCCGUCCAUUGCAGCUUUUCCCCGGGCGCCGCUUGGGGAUGGCCGAGAAAUGAUUUAAUGUGAAUCCUCGCAGGAGUGAGGAGCUCUUCACUGUUCUAAAGGAGAACUAAAAUACAAAGAUGUUAAGAGUCCAAGACCCUGGCGUGAGCUUAAAUGACAUGGUGGGGAACAGGAAGCUGAUCGCCUUUGGGGCCCUGUUGGGCUGGCUGCUGGUUGUGCACUUGCUGGUGAACGUUUGGCUGCUCUGCAUCCUCUCCGGCUUGUUGGCAGUGCUGGGGGGAUGGUUUGGUUCCCAGGCAGUGAUCGGAACUCGCAAUCGGGUCCACCUGGAGAGGUUCCUUCUCCUGGAACCCUACCCCCCGAACCUGGAGGCAGAGAAAGAGCUGGACGAGGAGAUCGAGAACAUGAUCCAGAAGAUCAUUCGGGACUUUGUGUCGUCUUGGUACAGUGCUGUGAGCCGGGAGCAAAACUUCGAGCGAGAGGUUCAGAAAGCCAUGAUGAGCCUCGCCCAGGAGCUGAAGAGGAGGCUGGCCUUGGUGAACAAGCAAGCCCUGACCCAGAAGGUGCUCCUCCUCGGUGGUUGCCACUUGCAAGCUUACAAGAAAGCCCGGGAAAAGCUGGCACUGGUGAGAAAAUUCGAUGACCCGGCUGAAAGAGCCAAUCGCCUUUGGCUUGAGUACUGUGAAUUGUCAGCCCCACACACUGCAGUUCGGAGCCCCACAAACGAGGUGGACUAUGCCCGGCGUAUUGUGGACUUGCUUCUGCGCAUCUUGGUGCCCGAACCACACCUAGAAACCAGGACUGGACGCUUCGUGGUGGUGGAGCUCGUGACUUGCAAUGUGCUGUUGCCCAUGAUCAACAAGAUGGCAGACCCUGACUGGCUCAACCUCCUGUUGAUUGGGAUCUUCUCCAAGGCUGGUGGGAAAACAGCCGAGGGGAAAGAAGAGGCCGUGGGGUUGCCCCUGGAACCAGCCCUUUCCCCGCCCCAGCUCGUGGUACCCAGUUCACUGCCACUGCCGUUUCCAUCAGAAGCCAUCCCAGAGGUAUGGAUGUUGUCUCCCAGAGGUUCUGAAUCUUCAGUCUUUGACACCAUGGAUGCUUUGGAGUAUCAUCAACUGGAAAGGAAAGAGUCCAUCGGCAGAGAACUGAGCUCUGACAUAGAUGGAAGGAGAGCCAGUAGCACGUCUGCAUCCAGCCUUCAGCCAGAUACUUUGGGAUCCUUCUUCCCUCCUUGUGAGGAUCUGGAAGUGGAAUCCCCCAUGUCGGAUGUAGGAAGGGACUCUGGCUCCAUGGUCCUCAUGUCCACAGAGGAAUUCCUCACAGACUCCCUCGGUGCUCUGGAGGGGCCCAGUCGCCUGGAUCAAGAAGAUGGGGUGGGAAUCAAAAGCAAGUUCUUAGACAACAGUCAUGGCUGUAGCUUGGAAGCCAACCUCCGGAGCCCUUCCCUGAGCCCAUGCCCUGACAUCCAGAUCGAACCAGCCACGGACAAGGAGGAGACCUUUGCUUCCCUUACGGCUCUUCUGGAGGACUCCCAGAAGUCUUUCUCGAGGCGGCCGUCCUACCUGGGGAAAGACUUGGUGUCGUCUGAAGGCCUGGUCCACUGCCCUCAGGAUCUGCCAGGCUUGCUGUCCUCUUCCCCCACUGCUCCCAUGGGCACCUUCAGCUUUGAGCCACUAAGUAGCCCAGAUGGUCCAGUGGUCAUCCAGAACCUGCGAAUAACUGGCACCAUCACUGCCCGAGAACACAGCGGAACGGGGUUCCACCCGUACACCCUGUAUACAGUCAAGUAUGAGACAACAUUGGAUAGCGAGAACACCAGCAGCCUCCAGCAGGUGGCGUACCACACAGUGAACCGGAGAUACCGGGAAUUCUUGAACCUGCAGACCCGAUUGGAGGAGAAGCCAGAUCUCCGGAAGUUCAUAAAAAAUGUAAAAGGUCCAAAGAAGCUCUUUCCUGAUCUUCCUUUUGGGAACAUGGACACAGAGAAAGUGGAAGCCAGAAAAAGCCUCUUGGAAUCAUUCCUGAAGCAAUUGUGUGCUAUUCCUGAGAUUACCAACAGCGAAGAGAUGCAGGAAUUCCUUGCCUUGAACACAGAUGCCAGGAUUGCCUUUGUGAAGAAGCCUUUUGUGGUCUCCAGGAUUGAUAAGAUUGUGAUGAAUGCCAUUGUGGACACGUUAAAGACGGCGUUCCCCAGAUCUGAGCCUCAGAGCCCCACGGAAGACUUGAGUGAGGCGGAAGUGGAUGGGAAGUCCCAGAAGACAAAUAAGUCCAAGCUAAGGUUCUCAUCCGGUAAAAUUGCCCCUGUGUUAAAUGUGGCUGGAACACAAGAGAAGAUUGCGUACUCCCUGAGGGAAGGCACCUCUGUGGUGGAAGGUUUGUCCCUAGCAAGAAUGGAGUCCUUCAUCCAGAAGCAGGAGAAGCUUCUGGAAGCGAUGCUCAAGGAAGGCCUGGAGAGUGAAGGAGAUGGAGACACUUUUGACGAUUUGGCAACUCAAGACUCAAAUCCCUUGGAGAUGCUGCGGCAGCCCGCUGAAGACAGCGACGAUCAAGGUUGUGGUUUCCUAAACAAAUGA